GAGGCCGCGGAACCUCGAGCCCCGGGACCCAGACCCGGACCAUGGUGCGCGCCUCCGCCUCCGCCGCCGCCUGGGCCGCGCUGGCCGUGGGACUGCAGCUCUGGGCCGCGGCGCACGGCGUGCCCGCCCAGCAGGUGGCUUUGAAGUCCAACACCUCGGAACCUGGGAGCAGGUGCUGGCAGAAGGAAUACUUUGACAAGACGGCCCAGAGGUGCUGCAGCAUGUGCCCACCUGGCCAGCACGUGAAACAUUUCUGUACGGAGACGACGGACACCGUGUGUGCAGACUGCGAAGACAGCACCUACACCGGGCUCUGGAACUGGGUCUCCAGGUGCCUGAGCUGCGGUGCCCGCUGCAGCUCCGGCCAGAUCGAGACUCAAGCUUGCACCCGGGAGCGGAACCGGGCCUGCACCUGCAGGCCGGGCUGGUACUGCAUGCUGGGGAAGCCCGACAACUGCCGGCUCUGCCUGCCACUGCGCGAGUGCGGCCCCGGCUACGGCGUGGCCAGGAAAGGGACUUGGGACUCCAACAUCCUAUGUGCCCCUUGUGCCCCUGGGACAUUCUCCAACACCGUUUCAUCCACGGACACGUGCAGGCCCCACCGCGCCUGUGACAUCCUGGCUGUCCCUGGCAAUGCAAGCAUGGAUGCCAUCUGCCUGCCCUCCACCCGGGACCCGGGCCCAGAGGCAGACCACACAACCCAGCCCCCGACCUCGGGGACCCAGCCUGUGGAGCCCAGCACAGGGCCCAGCCCGACGGCGAUGGACAGCACCGCCCUGCCGCCCUUCCCCCGUGGCACCAAGCCCCCGGCUGAAUCAAGCAGGGCCAGCAUCUCUCUUCCCAUUGGACUGAUUGUCGGGGUGACGGCCCUGAGUCUGCUGCUGGUGGGAUUGGUGAACUGUGUCAUCCUGACCCAGAAGAAAAAGAACUUGUUCUGCCUACCCGGAGAGGCCAAGGUGCCUCACCUGCCCGCCGAGAAGGAGCAGCAGCAGCACCUGCUGACCACGGCGCCCAGCUCCAGCAGCAGCUCCCUGGAGAGCUCGGCCAGUGGGCCGGGCCAGGGGACACCUGCCAGGCACCAAGCACAGACGCCAGCCACGGACCAGGCCGCGGGGCCCGGGGGGGCAGCCUGGGCCAGCUCCAGGGGCUCAGAGCCCCCCGGCGGUGGCCACGGGACGCAGGUCAAAGUCACUUGCAUCGUGAGCGUCUGUGGCAGCUCGGAACAUGGCUCAAGGUGCUCUUCCCAAGACAGUGCCGCGGCGGGGGACACAGAUGCCAACGCGGCGGGCUCCCCGGAGGCGGAGGAUGAGCAGGUCCCCUUCUCCAAGGAGGAACGCCCCUUCUAUUCCCAGACGGAAACCCCAGAGACUCUGCUGCAGAGCCCCGAGGAGAAGCCCCUGCCCCUCGGUGUGCCUGACGCCGGCAUGAAGGCCAGUUAACCAGGCCGGUUCAGCGUGUCACCCGGAGCUGGCUCACCCCCCAGCAGGGCGGCCUGCAAAGGGGCCCCCAGUCCUCCUAGCCUCCCCUCCUCCCAGGAUGCCAUGGUUCCUUCUGGGCCUCUGGGCCUGCAAACUGGGGUCCUGGGGCUCUUGGUGGUUGUUUUUCUCUGGGGAUCCCAGACGCUUGUGGGAGAGGAGGGACUCUGUCACCCAGGAGGAAGGACAAUGCUUCCCCCUGAAUGCUGGGACCCCUAACUGGCCCCCCUGGGAGGCUUAGCACCACAGGGUUUGUGGGAAGGCCACCCCUGUAGUGCCAGAGUGACUGUGUGUAUGGUGUGUGGGGGGGUGUCUCAAGUUUGCUCAGAACUCCACAUCUUUACUUCUUCUGGCUUGUCCUUUUGAACCUUGAUGUGAAGGAUGUCCAGAGGGUACAGGCAGGAAACCCUGCUCGUUCUGCUGCCCUGUGGGGCUCCAGGCCCUGGGUUCCCAUCCCCAGCACCGCAGAGCAGAGAUGGGGAAGCUGAGGGAACCACACCACCAGCCUGCAGGCUGUCUGCCUGGUUGGCCUUGACCUUCAUUCUGGGAUACUCCGACUCCAGCCACACCCUGGCCACACUUCGUCCUGUCCGGGAGUUGCCUCCACUGGAGAGGUCCGAGGCCCAGCGCCCAUCUCUGUCCACCUACCUCAGCCUGGACCUUCCUUCUUCCUCUGGAGCUGCCUUGCUCCCUCCGGCUCUGUCUCUCUGGCCCCAGGGGAGCUGCAGAGCCGUUCUGGUACUGAAUGAGAGAAGCAGAGAGCCAGUUUGUGACUGUGUCUGUGUUGUUGUGUGUUGUGUGUUCUGGGUUUGCCCACCCCACGUUGUCCAGUUAAGUGGCCCACCCCAAAGCAGCUGAAGCCAGCGAUUUUACCCACGGAUUUGGCCCAUCUGGAAAGAAGGGGUUGGGGGCCCUGUCCAUUCUCAGGUACUCGGGUUGAUCCCUUGUUUGUGGAACUUGUCUGCUGAAAGACAAGAAGGAUCUCCGCUUAGAGAAGCAGAGUCUCAGACUUGGCCGCCGUUGGACCCUGUGUGGCGGUGUUGUGCGUGCGCCCCCUGGUGGCCAGUUCUGGAAGUACCUCAGGACUCUGGGAUUGCUGAGCAGAGCAAGGAAGCCAUGCAUCGGAAAGACUGGGUAUGGCCUCAAUUUCCCCAGCUUGUGUUGAUUCCAAGACAAGGAGAGUUUGCACUGGAUGCUGGAAAGCAUUUCUGCUUUUAAAUAAAAUUCUUUUGUU